UCCAGCAGCAGACACACGAAAUGGUUUGCAAUUUUAACACAAACUGCACUACAGAUGAGUGUUCUGAUGAUGUUACUGAUAUCAACACAUGUGACUUCAAUGACAAAAAUAUAAUUUUAACUGAAUCUGGUCUUUUGCCAAAGAAUUUUACUGAUUUUUAUAUAUGCUCAACCCAUUUCAACCAAUUAUUGAAAAGAAACUCUGAUUUGAGAAGGAGAAAAGUAGGUCAGCUUCCUACUUUGAUUAGUGCACAUCCUCCAGUAGCAUCACACUCUGUUGUUGGUGUAAAAAAGCCAAAGCCUAGCCGCAAUAUCACCAUCACUGAUGUAGAAAAGAUUCAGAAGUGUUAUGGCCUCACACUUCCUAUUGGCUGAUUGGAACACCUGCAUGCACUAGCUGCCUUAUUAAAAUUUCCAAGCAGUCCACAGAGAUAGAAGCUGAAAGUCUUGAUCAAGGAAAGUGUGAAGAUGACCAGAUUCAGCAAUGCACAAAAUUAGAUACAGAUGAUGAAACAUAUCUCAUGGAGACUGACCAGUUGGAUGUGUUAACAGAAAAAGAAAAUAUUUGCGAUAAUCUUAUUGAAAUUUCAGCAUCCGAAUAUACAGUUACAUCAGAAGAGUCAGGAAGUCAAAAUUAUUUAUCCCAGUCACAACAAUCAGUCAGAAGUUAUGAACGUUGCAGCUACUUGACAUCUUUGAAUGAUUUCCUGUCAUCUGUCAGAUUGCAGGAAUUCUCAGAAAAAGAAAGAAAAACAUGGCAGUCCUACACAUUUAAAACAAGAAACACCUACAAAGAAAGAUUUGAUGAGAUUAUGAAAUUGAUAAUAGAAAUUUUAUUUCCAAAUGAUGUUGAUGAAGUAAUUGAUGACAUAAAAUGUCCCAAGCAGUUAAAUGAAGAAUACAGAACUAGUCAUACAGAGUACAAAGAUAUUGUCACUUCAUACAGAAAAGCAGAAUCCUGGCAACAAGGUAGACAAGUUCUUUCAGUUCUUGCCUCAAGAAUGUCCUUCAAGGACUUACUGUCUCUACUACCAGAAAUAACAUCUCAUCGCUACUAUGCUGCUCUCAGUCAUUCAAAGAAAAUUGGGCCAGCACUUCCAAUUCCUGAGAAAAAAUUGCAUCGACAAAAAUUAGAUCCUGAAAGAUUAGACGCAUUCUUAGAUUUCAUUACAUCCAGUCAUGUUGUCCGUGAUCUACCUUUUGGGGAAAAAAAACUGAAGUUUUCAGAUGGAACAGUCCACAAUUUACCUAACGUUGUACGUUGCAUGGGUUCAGCAGACAUAAUACAGCAGUACAAAGCAUACUGUCAGGAAAAUGAAAUUUCACUUUUAGGUGACAGUACCAUGUUUAAAAUACUUGCCCAGUGUGGUGCUAAAGUCAGAAAAAGCCAUGAAGGACUGGAAUAUUUUGUAGCAGAAGGAGGACGUGCCUUCAUUACCUUUCAAGAUGUCUUAGACAAAUUGCUGACCUACGACGCUAUAUCACCAGAUGACCACAAAAGUUUCCAGGCACUGUUCUUACAAUCAAAGCAGUAUUUAAGGACUGACUAUAAGAUUCAUAUUUCAAAGGGAAGAGAAGUAGCAGAUCACUGUAUGUUGUAUGCCCUCAGUGACGAAAAAGAUGAGGCAUUUACAGAACAAUGUUCUCACAAUCACCAGAUGGUCUGUGAAAGCUGUGAACAGUUGAAAGAGACCAUUGCUGCAUUACAAAAGAUCUUUGUUACUUCCUCAGUAGAUGAAAAGAGGAUGAGAUGAAUGACCUCAAUUUCAGGGUACAACAAGCAACAAAGAGUAUUUUCAGCCUGAAAAAAACACAUAAUAAGAUGUAAAAACCAAGACUUAGCAAAAACUCAACUUUUUGAAACCAUGCCUUCAGAUGAAGUUUUACUGGUAUGUGACUGGGCU